AUUCAAUCCAAGCAUCCCACACCACCUAACAAUCUCUCAUUCGUUUGGAGAUCAUCCUAGAACCGUUUUGUGUUCAAUCCAACCAACAAACCGAGCAGAUGGGCUAGCAGCUAGCUCUAAUGAGUAUCCUAGCAUAGUAGAGAGGGUUCAAAAACCAAUCAUCAGGAAUGUAACUCAACCUCUCACCACCAUCAUUGGGACUAAUGCUACCGGACGGAGGUUUUGGGUUUCAGCCAUGAUGAAGGAUAAUGAGAAGAAGAACAUAUUGGCUGUCCAAACUCUUAGAAACUUGAUCAUGGGAUCAACCCUAAUGGCCACUACCUCAAUCCUUCUCUCUGCUGGCCUGGCUGCCAUUAUCAGCAGCACAUAUAGUGUGAAGAAGCCGCUAAAUGAUGCAGUUUAUGGGGGUCAUGGUGAAUUCAUGGUGGCAUUAAAAUACGUCACAAUCUUAACCAUUUUCUUGUUCUCAUUCUUUUGCCACUCUUUGUCCAUUAGGUUUGUCAACCAAGUUAACCUACUCAUCAACACUCCACAAAAUCCCAUGUCCGUAGUGACCUCAGAGUACGUAAGCGAGCUCUUAGAGAAAGGGUUCAUUCUAAACACGGUGGGGAACAGGCUCUUCUAUUCUGCAAUGCCUCUCUUGCUUUGGAUUUUUGGGCCAGUUCUUGUUUUCUUGUGUUCUGUCACCAUGGUCCCAGUGCUUUACAACUUAGACUUCGUGUUUGGCAACGGAAAAGGAAAGAUGGAUCGAAAUGGAGAUCUAGAGAGAGACUUUGUGUCGGUUAAGGUUGAAGAUGACUCAAAGAGUCCUACUUUAAUUAAUUUGUUGCAUGAGGCAGAAGGCAUUACUUUACGUAGUGGAAGCAAAUUUGACUGCCCGAUUCAUCAGUGCCGAUUGUCUCAGUCUCUCCCUCUGUCUGAUCACUUUCGCUUUACUUCUUCUGCAAGGCCAAACCUUGAGCUUUAUUACUAUACGAGUAACAUGAACUUGAAGAUUUUUUGGUACUUCACAGUUGGUAGGAUUAGGCUAAUUAGAGCUGGUAUUGUAAUAUACAGGGUCAAAUAUUGGGGGGUGUAA